AUGUCACCGCCAUCUCUUCAACUCAACUCUGGCCAUUCGAUUCCAACGAUUGGAUUGGGUACUUGGCAAUCGAAACCUGGUGAGGUUUCUACUGCAAUUAAGGCUGCCGUUGCUGCUGGAUACCGUCAUAUCGAUUGUGCUCACGUCUACCAAAAUCAAAAAGAAGUGGGAGAGGCAUUGAAAGAAAUUUUGGAGGAGGGAAAAGUGAAGCGCGAGGAUCUAUUCAUCACUUCCAAGAUCUGGAACACUUUCCACUCGGAGGCGAAAGCUCACGAGAAUGUGAACAUCAUUCUCUCGGAUCUUCAACUAGAUUACGUCGAUUUGAUGCUCAUUCAUUGGCCACAAGGAUACGCUGAAAACGAGGGACUUUUCCCAGCAGGAGAAAACGGAAAAAUGAAAUACUCUGAUAUCGACUAUUUGGAGACAUGGAAAGCUCUGGAGGCUGAUCAAAAGGCUGGAAAAUGCCGUUCUAUUGGGUUAUCCAACUUCACGCACAAACAGAUUCAACGUGUCUGGGAUGCGGCUGAGGUGAAACCAUCUUGCCUUCAAAUCGAAUUGCAUCCCUAUUUCACACAAGUCAAGCUUCGCGAGUUCUGCAAAGAAAAGGGUAUCGUAGUUGUCGGAUACUCGCCACUCGGAAAUCCUGGAUCCGCUUUCUUCCGCAAGGAUGGUGACCCAAAUGUCUUGACCAACGAAGUCGUUGCCUCAAUUGCCAAAGCUCAUGGAAAAACUCCAGCUCAAAUCAUUCUUCGUUGGUUUGUCGAAAGCGGACUUUCAGCAAUUCCUAAAUCGGUUACAGCACAAAGAAUCGCUGAAAACUUUGCCGUAUUCGACUUCAAACUGACCCCAGGAGAGGUCUCUCAAAUAGACGGUCUUGAUAAGAACUGGCGAAUUGUCGAUUUGAGUCAACGUGACGGAGAUCAUCCACACUGCCCAUUCCUCGAAGAAUUCUAA